AUGGCAACUUGGCAAAGUAACCCUGGUGCCUACUACCAUUACGGACGCGAAGAUUACUGUGAUUUGAUUCAUCCAUCGGGAGGAUCGUGGGCUUAUUCGGGAGUACCACCUGCAACGUAUCUCAGCGCACCGGCUUAUCAAACGAUUUAUUCAGAUUUGUCACGGCCCACUUUUGUCACAUACGACUGCGACGUGCCGGCACCGCAGCCUGCGAUCAAAAACCGAGAUCUCGAGCAAAGAAUAUCGGGUUUCGGCACAACAACGCUACGGCAAACAUUCGUCAGGAAAGUUUAUCUGAUUCUCACGCUGCAAUUGCUGGUGAUAUUCGCGACAGCGGCUUCUUUCGCGCACAUCGUAGAUGUAAACGUUUUCGCCCGACGCCACGUGAGCCUGGCCUACGUUUGUGCAUCGACGACCUUACUCCUGGCCAUUAUCAUAUCCUGUUGCCCGAGGAUCCGAAGAAUGGCCCCGCUGAAUUACGUUUUUUUGACAGUGUUUACCAUUGCCGAGUCGCUUAUCGCCGGUUUCAUCGCUAGCGCCGAUUACGAGAGCCACGUUUUGGUCACAGUGGGCGUGACGGGGGCGAUCUGUAUUACUCUGACGCUCUUUUCGCUCCAAACGAGACUGGAAUUCCUUGGUUUCGGCAUCUACUUUUUCAUCUCGGGACUAGCGUUAAUGAUUUUUGGAAUCGCCCAGCUGGUCUGCAAUCACCAUUAUCAUCCAAUUUGGUUUCACUGUACAUCCGGGGCUCUGCUGUUUUCGUUUUAUUUGAUAUACGACACGCAAUUGAUGCUCAGCGGCGAUCACGUGUACGCUACUCUGUCGCCCGGAGAUUACGUGUUUGCUGCUCUCAACCUGCACUUGGACUUUGUUAACGUUUUCCUUUAUCUUUUCAAUAUUAUGAGAUUACCGUGCAGAAGUUGA